AUGGCGUCCAAUAUCUUCUUAGUUCGCCAGCGAAUCAGCCGGCUGGGGCAGAGGAUGUCCGCCUUCCAGAUCAACCUCAACCCGCUCAAGGAGCCCCUCGGCUUCAUCAAAGUCCUCGAGUGGAUUGCAUCCAUCUUUGCUUUUGCCACCUGUGGAGGUUUCAAGGGGAAAACAGAAAUUCUAGUGCAUUGCCCUAAAAAUGACAAUAAAACUGUCACAGCUACUUUUGGUUACCCAUUCAGGUUGAAUCAGGCAUCAUUUCAGGAUGCUCCAGCAGUAAAUGUGUGUGGAAUAAAAUGGAAUGAAUACGUUCUUAUAGGAGAUUACUCUUCCUCUGCACAAUUCUAUGUUACAUUUGCAGUCUUUGUCUUCCUGUACUGCAUUGCAGCUCUUCUACUUUACGUUGGUUAUACAAACCUCUAUCGGGAUAGUCGGAAACUUCCCAUGAUUGACUUUGUUAUCACUCUUGUUGCCACAUUUUUGUGGUUGGUGAGCACUUCAGCUUGGGCUAAAGCUCUUACAGAUAUUAAAGUAGCUACUGGUCACAACAUAAUUCAGGAACUUGAGCCUUGUAAGCAUCCAGGAGUGAACUGCAGUUUCGGCUCGGUGAGCAGUAUGGGAUCCCUAAAUGUAUCUGUGAUCUUUGGAUUUUUGAAUAUGAUUCUUUGGGGAGGAAAUGCUUGGUUUGUAUACAAGGAGACCAGUUUACACAGUCCAUCAAAUACUUCUACUUCCCAUGGCCAAGGAAAUAUCCCACCUGCUGCUGGAAUAUAA